GCAGAACUAGCCCUCCCGAAAAACCAGUUUGUCAGCUGCUGCUCAAAAAUCAGUUUCCCUCUAAGACAUGCUGUGACAACAUGCCCACAACAACGUUUAAGUCUGCUGAUCAACAGGAACAGGUUUCCAUUAUGGGGGAGACAGGAGUAGAUGAUCCCAGCCUCGUUGAUCAAGAACUUCGGGAUAUGGAUGAAGAUCGCUUAUGGGAGAUGGUGGAGGGCCAUCGUUACAGAAUUGUGAGGGGCGUCUCCCCCAGUCGUCUUACCCCCUAUUUACGGCAGGCCAAAGUGCUGGGUCAAUUGGAUGAGGAAGAAAUCUUGCACAGCCCCCAGUUCACAAAUAGAGCCAUGAGAGUCGGCCACAUGCUGGAUCUCUUGAAAUCCCGUGGGAAAAAUGGGGCUCUUGCUUUUCUGGAAAGCUUGAAACUUCACAAUCCUGAUAUUUAUGUGCUCAUUACUGGUUUGGAGCCUUCCAUAGACCACAACAAUUUUAGCGAUCUGAUUGAAAGUUCCCAGUUGACAGAAUGCUUGGCCAAAGCAGUUAGCAGCCUGCAAGAGGAGCUAAGCCAGGAGAAACGCCAGAAGGUGUCCCUGCUUCAACACUGCCGCAGACUCAAGGAAAACACUGCCCAGCUGGAAGCUGAGGCUGAAAGCCUGCGGGGCAUUGAAACGGAGUGUAACCGGAUGAAGAGGGAACUCAGUGCUCACUUCCAUGAGGCCCUCAAGCUUAAAGAUGAACUUUAUGGGCUCUCUUUGCGCUACAGCAGUGCCCUUCAAGAGAAGGACCUGGCUAUUACCCGCUCCCGGAGCUUGCAGGAAGAGCUCUACCUGAUGAAGCAAGAACUGCAGCGAGCCCAAGUGUCAUCGUGCCAUCAACGGGAAAGAUCCUCAAGAAUUUCUGGGGAUACGCAGAUGCAGACAGAUGAGCUCUUAAAACUGACAGAAGAGAACGAACAUCUCAAGUCACUGUUGGAGCUGGAAACCUUCAGUGUGGUGCAGAAAGAUAUUCUAGAGCAAAACCUUGAUGAUGCUCUGGAGGGCAAACAGGAAUUGCUAAAUCGACUUCACUCACUGAGAGAGCAAGCAGCCCUUGCUGAGAAUCAGCGAAAACAGUGUUGGGAAGAAAAGGAAAACACUUUAAUUGAAUGUCAAAAGAUGAAGGUGGACUGUGAGAUCUACAAGGAGCAAAUCAGUGCCCUUCAGGCUCAAAUAUCUGAUCUACAGAAAGAAAGAGAUCAGGCCUACAAUGCCAGGGACACUGCUCAGCUGGAAAUUUCCCAAAGCCUCCUGGAGAAAGAUUCUCUUCGCCGUAAAGUCUUUGAGCUCACAAAUGAAAUUUGUGAAGUCAGGAAAAAAGCCAGCAUGGGAGAUUCGGUGCUUACUCAGGUACCAAGGAGUGGGCAUCUCAUCACUGAAUCCAAGGACCAUUGUCCAAAGAAAAAGCAGCCCCUAGUACGAAUGCAUGCCAUCUGUCCUCGGGAGGACAGUCAGGACAGCUUGAUGAGCAUAUCAGAGGUGUGCAUUUCAAUCCUCCAUCCAUCUCACACCUUUGCAUCCUCUUUAAGUUCAAGAUCAUGGUCUUGGUCAAGUCAUGAUCAAAUGGACAGUUUCCGAUCAUGCAGCCCAAUCCCACCUUGUAAACUUUCUCUACAGAGAAGAGCCAUGCAAGAUAGCUCGCUUUCUUGGAGUUCUCAGGAGUUCCUGGACGAGGAAUUUUCUGUCACCUCAGCUGAAGAAAAAGGGAGGGAUCCCUCUUUUGAAUACGACAUGGGGAGAGACGAUGGCUCUUCCCUCUGGCUCCACGUAGACCCUUGCAUCUCUGAGAGUGUACCCAUGCGCCGCCGACUUGCACAGCGCUUCCCAAGCCGUAUCACAACUAUUGCCUUCCAAGCCAAUGCCUUAUUGGAGCAGAUCAGCAUCAUUGGGGGCAACCAGACUGGCAUCUUCAUUCAUCGAGUCACUCCUGGAUCCAUUGCUGAUGAAAUGUCUUUGUCACCAGGCCAGCAGAUUGUGCUGGUGGAUUAUGGAGUCAUGGAACCAGGUUUCAAAGCUGUCCUAGAAGAUGCAACUCUUGAGGAGGCUCUUUGGGUCCUGGAAAAAGUGAAUGGAUUUUGUUGCUUGUCUGUGAAGCACAACAUGGAGGGUUAUAAGAAACUAUUGACUGACCUGAACUCCAAGCUGGUGACAUCUGGUGAUUCCUUCUAUAUCCGAUCCAACCUAUGCCUUGAGAAACAAGAUCCUGGGGAACUCUCAGUUGAAUGCCAUGACAUUCUGCAUGUCACUGACACUGUAUAUCAAGGCCAGACUAAGUGGAGUGCUUGCCAGGUGAAUCCUUAUACAAUAAAAGACAUGGAUGCUGGUACCAUCCCCAACUACUUCCAGGCACAACAGCAACUCAUUGCCCUCAUUCAAGAAUUGGCCCAAAAGAACAUGGUUUCCCGGAAGAAUUCCAGUUUUCAACGCAAAUUGGUCCGUAUUGUGAGUACAAGUAACAGGAUCAAUCCACUUUGGUCCACUAUGGAAUGUAGUUUCUCAGAUUCAAACAAGCCAAAAGUGAGUCCCAGGAAUUGUGUCAGUCUGAUGCCAUACACUUUUGUCAGGCAUUACAGACCUGGGCAGCCACGUCCAGUACUUGUGGUGCCGGCACUUUUGAGGAAGAUCCUGGCUGACAAGCUAUGCCUUUCCAGGGAAUUUGAAAAAUGUCCCUCAGACACUCAGAACACAGAAUCCUCCCAUGAAAACAAAGAGUUGAAUGGCAGCUCUUGUAUUCCUCGACAGGAUCUGGAACAGUUAAUGCAAAAGGAUGUGCAUGCCUGGAUGGAUCUGGGCCUGGAGAGUGUGCAAGAACUUCUAGCAAUGGACAUUUAUCCCAUCAUUAUUCUCAUCACCAUUGGUGAGAAGAAUUCUAAGAAAAUCAAGAAAGCUCUUCAGCGCCUUGGAGCAACCGAGGACCAACUUUUGGAGAGUGCCCGGAAAGAUGAGGCCCAGCUGGAGACAGUGUCCUGUCUUUAUCGCACCAUUGCUCCCGAUGCCUGGGGUGACCUUGAUGCUCUCAACAGCUGUGUCCGUGUGGCUGUCGCUGAUGAGCAGAAGAAGGUAGUGUGGGUGGAACAAGUGCCUCACCGACCUUUUUAGACCAAUGGAUGGGACUUAAGGCAAUUGUUUCACCUGAGCCUAGGAAAAAUUGAAUGUGCUACUGUUUGUUCUGGCAGGAAAUAGAACAUAUUCCAAGCCUAUCAGCUGCAUACUUACCAUUCAGAGAGUUACCAUUUAUUUUCUCAUGGUCUCCAUCCUUCCUCACCCAACCUCUUUGAAACUGAUUUUAUCUUCCCUCACCAUCCCUUUGAAUUUCUGACAACACAUCAAUCAUAUGCUGGCUAAACAUGGAGAGUACCACAAGCUGUUUUAUGUGGGAUGUAUACGCAGAGGUUUGCUAUAAUGAUAUUUUUAAACUCUUGGGUGGAGUUGGUACUCAAAUCAGAAAUGCUUGGAGACUGGACUGAACCAUGUGGAGCACACAGUUCCUUAUAAGCACGAGCAUACGGUAUAUUGAAUGUUGAGCAUGAAACUAAUGGAUGCAUUUCAUUUUUUUAAAAUAAAAGAAUUUCUCACAAGAGAGAAGACUACC